CGGCGGCUUCACUUGCUCGAAUUUUCCCCAUUGAGAAACAGCGUCUCUCUAUUGACCCGCCGUGACGCCGGGCUGGACUCUUGCCCUUACUCGAAAUGGCGGCCGAAGGAGAUUUUUUACUCCGUUAUCGAACUGUAUCGAAUAAACUAAAAAAACGCUUCCUAAGAAAGCCGAACGUAGCGGAAGCGAGCGAGCAGUUCGGCCAGCUCGCUAAGGAACUCAAACAGCAGGACUGUCCUCAGUAUGCUGCCUUCUGUAACCUGGCGAUGGCGCGUUGUGAGCAGACUUUGUUCAAUGCCCCUGGGGAGGCCCUGUCUCUCACUGAAGCUGCCCGCCUCUUCAUGGAGGCUGAGCGGGAGACGCAGCAACUACGAAGCCCAGGCUUCGAGGAGCACCUGCAGGCCGCAGUCAACUGCUACAGCUUUGCAGUGAAGGUCUAUAUUGAAGUGAAUCAGCCAGUAAUGGCAGCCAGUCUGUGUCUUGAACUGGGAAACGCACUGAAGGUAAGAGAGAGAGAGAGGGAUUGUUAAUAAAGCUAAUAAGAG